AUGACUUCCAAAGACGAAGGCAAAGCUGCCUCGGCCGAGGAACGCCGGAGAAGCCCUCUGGACCACUUGCCACCUCCGGCCAACUCCAACAAACCCCUGACGCCCUUCAGCAUCGAGGACAUCCUCAACAAGCCCUCGGUGAGGAGAAGCUACACCAUCUGCGGGACUGCCCACUUGCUCUCCGCCGCCGAGAAGCACCCCCCGGCUGCCCUGCCCCUUUCUAGCCGGGCACUGCUCUCGCAAACCUCGCCUCUCUGCGCCCUCGAGGAGCUAGCCAGCAAGACCUUCAAAGGGCUGGAAGUCAGCGUCCUGCAAGCGGCAGAAGGAAGGGAUGGGAUGACUAUUUUUGGCCAGAGGCAGACCCCCAAGAAAAGGAGGAAAUCUAGAACAGCCUUUACAAACCAUCAAAUCUACGAGCUGGAGAAGCGCUUUUUGUACCAGAAAUAUUUGUCCCCCGCUGAUCGGGACCAGAUAGCCCAGCAGUUGGGUUUGACCAAUGCCCAAGUGAUAACGUGGUUUCAGAAUCGCAGGGCCAAACUCAAGCGGGACCUGGAAGAGAUGAAAGCAGACGUGGAGUCUGCCAAGAAACUGGGACCCAGCAGCCAGGUGGAUAUUGUAGCCAUUGCUGAGCUGGAGGCAACCCCUGAAGGGAGAGCGAAGUCCCGCUCCCUUUCUCCCACCCAUCCCAAACAUGGACUGGAAGGUAACGGGGCCCUCCAGCUCUCCCCGGCCUCUCCUCUCACGGACCAGCCGGGCAGUAGCAAGGACUGCUCGGAGGACGAAGACGUGGAAAUUGACGUCGAUGACUGAAUGGUGACAGUGGUGAUGGCGGCCCUCCUCCUCUUCCUUCUAUUCUCCCAGCUCUUCUUUUGCCUCGCAAACAAAAACAAGCAGAGA